CUUUUGUAAAACGCAUUUAAUUAAUAUCAUUCUGAUGUGGGUUUUCUGAUUUUUUUUUUUUUCCUCAGAUCAAGAACACUAUGAAUCAAGAGAAACUCGCCAAACUCCAGGCUCAGGUCCGGAUAGGAGGAAAGGGAACGGCCCGCAGAAAGAAAAAGGUCGUUCACAAAACGGCAACAGCCGACGACAAGAAGCUGCAGGGCUCUCUGAAGAAGCUGGCAGUGAACAACAUCGCCGGGAUCGAGGAGGUGAACAUGAUCAAAGACGACGGCACGGUGAUCCACUUCAACAACCCCAAAGUCCAGGCGUCUCUGUCCGCCAACACCUUCGCCAUCACCGGCCACGCCGAGACCAAACAGCUGACGGAGAUGCUGCCGGGCAUCCUGAGCCAGCUGGGAGCCGACAGCCUCAGCAGCCUGCGCAAGCUGGCCGAGCAGUUCCCACGGCAAUCGAUGGAUUUAAAAGCAGUCAAAGAGGAAACCAUCGAGGAGGAAGACGAUGACGUACCAGAUCUUGUGGAGAACUUUGAUGAAGCCUCAAAGAACGAAGCAAACUGAUUCCUUCUCGUCGCCCCUCCGGUCAGCCGUCGUUAAUUCUUUUACCUCUUACGGACUCACACCGGGCAUUUCCUCUUGUGGGGGAGAUGGUUGUUUAAGGUGCGGUGCAUCUUCUCCGGAGACGAGAUCCUCUCCGGUCCAGCCUGCCGCCACAACGACAUGCUAAAGGUUUUGAUUUCAGAGACGCUGUGGACACAAGAUCUGCACGACUGUCAGCACCCAAAGGACUCAGCUAUGUUAGACCCGCGCUACUUCUAUGGCUAGUAUUUAAGAGAUUGUUUAUGAAAUUACAGUUGAAGUGAAUGAAGGAUUCACUUUUCAUUAUAGUGGUGAUUUUGAAUUUAAUAAAACAUUUUUGGGCUAUCGA